AGAAAGUUGACGAUAAAAAUUGGUGACACUCGGCGACACGUCACUGAAUUCCAACCACGGAAGCAGUGCGUUGAAACGUUUGCUCUGUUACAAUAAUAGGGUUGGAAAGAAAAGGCUUUAGUCACAUAAGAAUGGGUGGCUUCUUCUCUAGCCUGUUCUCCGGCUUGUUCGGCACCAGAGAGAUGAGGAUUCUCAUCCUGGGUUUGGACGGUGCCGGUAAAACCACCAUCUUGUACCGACUACAGGUCGGCGAGGUGGUUACCACCAUCCCAACAAUCGGCUUCAACGUGGAGACGGUGACAUACAAGAAUUUGAAGUUCCAGGUUUGGGAUCUAGGAGGACAGACCAGUAUCAGACCAUAUUGGAGGUGUUACUAUUCCAACACGGAUGCCAUUAUCUACGUGGUGGACAGCAGUGACCGAGACAGGAUGGGCAUCUCCAAGUCCGAACUGGUAGCCAUGUUAGAGGAAGAAGAGCUGAAGAAGGCUAUCCUGGUGGUGUUUGCAAACAAGCAGGACAUGGAGCAGGCUAUGACACCCACUGAGGUGGCCAACUCUCUGGGCCUGCCCGCCCUCAAGGACAGGAAGUGGCAGAUCUUCAAGACCUCUGCCACGAAGGGCACUGGCCUGGACGAGGCCAUGGAGUGGUUGGUGGAGUCACUGAAGAGCCGGCAGUAAAGACGGCCCGACACACAUCCUCCUCCUGUGUAAAUAACCCUGACCUCCUGUAUAAAGCUCCUGAUAGGACCCCUCUGGACCAGUGACUGCACUCCCAACCCCAAACAAAGCCUUGGCCUAGCCUGAAAUACCUGCUGCCUCUCCAGUCCUAGGACACACAGGUACAUUAAAUGCCUAGUGUAAAGCUGCAGCCACAGAGCCCAAACCGGUUUGGCUACAAGGAUUUUCAUAUUUGUUGGGGCUUAAGUCAGUGGACUGUAGUGAUUGGCCAUAUCUAGACACAGAGGUGCCUCCUGGGAAAAUGCAGUCAGUAUUUAGAAGCUUCUGGAUACUGACUGGUUACCAGACUGGUGUGAUGAUGCAGCUGAUGCUGUUUUUGUACUGUGUCAGGCUGAUUUAUUCAUCCGUAUUUCUAUUCUUAAUGUAUUUUUCAGUGGAGAAAAUAAGCACGGUAAUUAGUAGUUUAUUUCAGGCCCUUUUUUCAUUUGAAUCCUGACUGCAGUUUUGGCAUGUUAGUGACUUGUGUAUUUAACACUAACUGAUGUGUGCUCAAAUAAUGCAUAUUUAUGUGCUUUUACCCUUUAGACUAAAGUAAAAUUUCACAUUGAAUGCUCUGUGCAAA